CACGUGGCGGGCAGCAAGGGCUGUGGCCCGGCUCUGGUGGCGGCAGUGGGGCUUCUGGGGGUGUCCCUGGGAAGGGGCGCAAAUUAACAGAUGUGCAUGAGGAAGUGUCUGGUCGGUCUCACGUUUUGUACCUGCUACCUGGCUGCUUACCUCACGAACAAGUAUGUCCUGUCUGUCUUGAAAUUUACCUACCCUACAUUAUUCCAAGGGUGGCAGACACUGGUUGGUGGACUUUUGCUUCAUGUGUCAUGGAAACUGGGCUGGGUGGAGAUCAACAGCCGUUCAAGAUCUGAUGUUUUGACGUGGCUUCCUGCUUCGGUGCUAUUUGUGGGUAUCAUCUAUGCUGGUUCCAGAGCGCUGUCCAGACUGGCCAUUCCUGUGUUUCUCACUUUGCAUAAUGCAGCCGAAGUUAUCAUCUGUGGGCACCAGAAGUGUUUUCGGAAAGAGAAAACUUCUCCUGCAAAGAUUUGUAGCGCCCUCUUCCUGCUGGCUGCUGCCGGGUGCCUGCCCUUCAACGACUCCCAGUUUGAUCCAGAUGGAUAUUUCUGGGCUGUAAUUCACUUACUCUGUGUAGGGGCUUAUAAGAUACUACAGAAAUCCCAGAAACUCAACAAGUUAAGUGACAUUGACCAGCAGUACUUAAACUAUCUAUUCAGUGCGGUGCUCCUGGCUUUAGCAGCUCACCCCACAGGUGAUCUCUUCAGCGUCCUGGACUUUCCGUUCCUGUAUUUCUACAGAUUCCACGGCAGCUGCUGCGCCAGCGGAUUUUUAGGAUUCUUUCUCAUGUUCAGCACCAUGAAGCUAAAAAGCCUUAUGGCCCCGGGGCAGUGCGCAGCCUGGAUUUUCUUUGCUAAGGUGAUCACGUCUGGCUUAUCGAUGUUGCUGUUUGAUAUAAUUCUGACCAGGGAAACCAUGGGAUGCCUCCUGCUCGGCGGAUUUGGAGAGGCCUUGCUGGUUUUCUCAGAGCGGAAGGGCUCCUAAACCCGGGAAAAGUGGAUCCCAGGCUGUAGUGGAGAACACCGCGCUGUCCAGGUGAUAGAAAGAGGAAAAUGAGGAUGGAGAGGCGCCACUGCUCGCUUCGGCAAGGAGAACUCUCUUUCUGGGGUCUCUAGGAUGCUUCAGGGAGUGAGUGGACUGUGUCGAGAGGCUCCCCAGGUCCGGGUGAUGAGCCCCGCGCGCAGGUGUGCAGAGAGAGAUGCAGGGUUUCACCCGUGUGGGGAUGGCUCCGCCUUCCUGGGUUGCUGCGCAUGCUCCUUAUUAAACACCCUUCAGCAAGCAAGCUUUCACUGCUGGGUAGUGGAGGUAUUGUAUAGUAUUUUUGGCUUUGUUUUGUAAUUUCACAACCUUGAAGUCUUCUCUGAGGAUGUCCUUUCCUUGCUGUCAGGUUGGCUUGCCUCAAACCCACACUCACUCACUUAGGGGCACACAGAGAAUUCCAUGAGGGGGCUUCCCCUGGAGGCCGAGUUGGGGGGCAAAUGGGAGUCCUAGGCCAAGUAAGACACCAGCAAGGACACUGUUUCUCUCCAGCACUGAAGACUUUCUGUGGUUGUGUGUUGUGCUGAAUUCUGAACACCCUUUUGGGCGCACCAUCAGGUUAAAUUGGUACUGAUGAUUACCCAAGGGUAAUGAUUACCACUGAUGAAUAAGCACUGAUGGAUGAAACAAACAUAAGUAUGUAAACACACACAUAUUUUUAUUCAUAACCCAUGUAAUUCCCUGAUAGAGUUUUCAAAUCAUUGGAACCUGAAAUAUAUUUUUCAGGCCAGAUUACAAAUGUAAAACUCUAAAUCUUGCCUUUAUGGGAGUCCGAAGAAAUGAAUUUGCAUGGAAUGGUCAUUUGAUUCUGAACUUUGAUGGUGGUUUAAGAAAAUAAUGUCUAACUGUAAAUAUUCCUGCUCAUAAGAGGUUUUCUGAAUACAUUAUACUCUGCUAGGUGUCAGUUUUGGUCAUUUUGAGAUGUCAGAGGUAGUGAAGUCCAGAGAGUUCUGUCUGGGCCGGAUCCAGGCAUUGCAGGAUUGGACACUCCUGUCAGUAACGAAGGAGCAUCUCCAGCAUCUGGGAAACAAGCCUUGUCCAUUCUUGGCCUUGUGAAGACUAAGGUCAGCUGAGUUAGGACAUUCUUCUCACACCUUUUCUCCAAGUUGUUGCAAAAAGCAACAGAAGAUGAAACAAAUAGGAAUGGAUUAGUAUAUGUAGACCUUGAGUACCUUAAAUUCAUUUUUUUGUCUUUUCCCAGUCUCUGCUUGUCAUUUAAGAUAAAGAUGUUCAGAGUGACCUUUAUACAUAUAUAGUUGCACUUUGCUUUUUGUUCCUAACCUGUGAUGUCAGACUUGCUGCUGCUGCUGCUAAGUUGCUUCAGUCGUGUCCGACUCUGUGCGACCCCAUAGACAGCAGCCCACCAGGCUCCCCUGUCCCUGGGAUU